UGCAGGCGUCAGUUGCGCAAACUCGUGAUCAUGUCAGGAAUUGAGAAUGUCAAUCUGUGGUUAUCAAGUGAUUAAUCCAUUAAAAUAAGCUUCUCCGGGAACGUUCACUUGUAAAAAGCCAAACAAUUAUGAAAAGUCACAAUCUGUAAAUCGGACGAAAGAUUCACGAUUCUUGAAGGGUUAGCAUUAGGCGAGAUAUGGAGAUAAACAAUGAAAAUAUAACAAUCAACGCAUUGAGGAGGGACACUCUGGAGAGAAUCUCCGUCCUAUUAAACCCUGUUAAGCAUUUUCAGAGUGAUGAAGGUUAUUCGAGGGAUUGGCGGGGUUUGGCCGCUUGUUGCAACCUAGAUAGUACCGAAUUUCAAAACAUUCGGUGCAGCAACAACCAAACUCAAUUAGUCCUGGAGAAGUGGCAUAAAAAGGACAAGGAAAAUAGUACAGUCCAAAAUUUAAUGAAAUUUUUAGAACAGAUUGACAGACAUGACAUCAUUGAGGACAUCACAGAAUUAGUUGAGGCUGACUUGGCAUUAUACAAGGAGAAUCCCUCUGGUAGUGUGGAACCUCCAGAGAAGUUUCGUUUUGAAAUCAUCACAAAGGAUGAUGAAGUCCUUCACAAGACUGGGAAAAGUGAGCCGCAAAGAUAUGAUGCGUUUGUGUUGUUUGCGGACGCGGACAUUAACUUCGCCAGCAAACUAAUGGAUAACAUGGAAAAUGACUAUAAAUUGAGGUUGUGCUCAAAGUGGCGGGAUUUGUUGGCUGGUGCUCUUGAACUGGUUGCCAUUCAAAAACUGAUUACUGAUAGGUGUAACAAGUUGGUGGUGAUUUUAUCCGAUAAAUUUCUGGAAAGUGAGGAAUAUACGUUCUACUACAAUUAUGCACGGACAUUGGAUAUUAGUAUGCAACAAAGGAAAAUCAUACCAUGUACAUAUAACAGCCCAAAACUUCCUCCACAAUUUAAUAUGUAUUUCUGCCUUGAUUACGAGCGAACUCUCCAACUUCCCCUUUCCCUGUACGACUUCUGGCAGAAGUUGGCGGAGUCCAUCAGACCGUCGUCAGCAAAAACUACUCCGAGUGUGCCAACAAUACAAGUGACCCCACCAGAACCCCAAGUCAAUUUACAAUCCAAGAUGUCAGUCAGCAAUAGUAGUAAAACUUUACAUACUGUUACUUUCCAAUCCUGCAGUAUGGGAGAUCUCUCUGCAAUUGAAGAGCAGGAUUACCAGGAACCAAGGAUUUCGUCCAGUGUUAGCGACAAUAGUUUGGGCUCCAGUAGCCCAGUUACUAGUCCUAAGCCUCCAAAGCAGAAGAAUAUCUUCAAGAAGAUAAUUUCACGUAUUAACCAUAAUAAAACAAACAAACGGACGCCGGUUGCGCAACAGUUGUGAGGUUAAAUGCAAUAACAAUUGCUGGCUUUAAAGAAGGAAUUUCACCUCACAAUGUGCCUUAUUUUAAACUAAGUCUACAUUAAAUUAUUAUCUCAGUCAAUAUACAAUAUCACGAAUACAACGUGUUGAUUUUUAAUGAGUGCCUUCCAGCAUAUCUUGUAUGGUAAAUGUCUUGAAUAAACUUAGGUACUAUGUUGUGUGCAGGAGACUUGAAAGUAUUCUACUUUUAAUAGACUUUGGCAAUUUUAUUCAAUUUUUAGACUACUGUUACAUUCCAACAGUUGUAUUUAUUUAAUUAUAGUGUUCAUUUAUCAAUUAUUAUCAAUUUGUGGUAGUAUCAUUAUUCAUAAACCUUAUCUAAUAUUCCUAUUUGGAGGAAUAAAAUAAAUUGUAUAAAAUUUAAAUAAUAUAAAUUAUAUACAAAAUAUAUGAUUAUAAUUGUAUGACUGAUCCGUUCGUUCAUUUCGUAUUUUUAAACUGUUUUGUAUAUAUUGUAUAACGAAUAAUCACAUGCAACUAUGUCACAAUUACCUUGGACUACUUUAUUUACAUUUAUAUUAAAUACCCACUAAUAAGUAGUGUAGUGUAUUGUAUGUCUAGUCAUUAUAUUCUGUAUAUGUGAAUAUCCUGCUUUAUUCUUAUUUAUAUUAUGUUUUAUACCAUUUAAGCGUACUUUUAGAGGAUUUUUGCUUCACCUUUAGUGCCUUCAACGCAUACUUCCAUUACAUUUGCAUUUAAAAUGUAUCACAACUCUGUUUUCUGUUGUCUUUACGGUGAUAUUUAAUAUACAUUACACUUAUUUUUUUAUACGAUAUAGAUCUAUAUAAUAUUUAGUGUGCCUUGUGUAAUUUAUAAGAUAUAUUACUGUUGUUAAUUUCAAGCUAAGCUUUGAGAUUGUCUUCUAUAUUUAAAUAUUUAUUGUUGUUGAAAGGCUUUAUAAAUAUGUAUAUUUUGUAUUUUUAUCUAAAGUUUUACUUGUGAUGUUGAUGUGGUAAAUGAAGUGCAAUUAUUUUUAAUAAAAUCAUAAAUGAA